UUUGCCCUCAUACCCCAAGUGAGAGAAACCCCCAUGAUUCUCUUCUCUAUAUAAACUGGAGGGCCCUCCCAUUGGCCGACUUCACCAAAAAGUCCCCCUUACAAAAUCAACACAAAAGGGUAAAAUUAUCAAAAACUAGAGAUCAAGAGAAGAUGAGCAGAAGCACAAAGACCUCCAUGGGAGAUGGCAGGAUCAAGAAGGACAAGAAGGUUUCAUGGAGAUCAAGAUCAUCUCUUGGAGGUUAUAUAAAAGAGCAAAAAGGAAGGCUUUACAUUAUUCGAAGUUGCAUCGUAAUGCUUCUUUGUUGGCACGACUGAAUUUGCGAUGUUCGAUGUUCGAUGUUCGAUGUUCGUAUCUCAUUUCUCGCUCAUGCUAAUAGAGAUACUUUCCACGAGUUGAGGUUCAACGUAACUCAUGGAGAUCGAGAUCAUCUCCCUUUUUGUUUACUUUAUCUGUUUCUCCACAUU